GGCCGGGAAAGGGCUGGGCCCGGCCUGUACGUGAGGGCAGGAGAGAGCAACUGCGGGAGCUUUACUGAGGAUUCCUGGUGGCGGACACCGCCGGACCGAUUCCCGGGAUCCCCACGUAACUCUGAGCCGCGGAUCUCUGGAUGCCCCAGAUUCCUGGGACCCAAUUCCCGAUUUCAGGUCCUCAGGACCUUGCAAUUCGGAGCCCGGAUUUCGCCCUGGACUGCAGAUUUCCGGAACCGGGACUCCGGAUCUCCAGAUCCCGUAGGAGAUUCCGAUCCCGACCGGAUUCCCUAACCCGAGAUCCCUGGACCCGCCGCCCCUGCCUCCUGCCGCGCCCCGGGUGCCCAGAGCCGGGCGCCAGACGCCCGAGCGCCCCCGCAUGGCGGGGCCGUGCCCGCGGUCGGGGGCCCUGGAGCGCGCCGGCAGCUGCUGGCAGGACCCGCUGGCCGAGGCGCUGAGCCGGGGCCGGCCGAUCGCGGCGCCCCCAGGCCGGGGCUGCGGGCGAAGCCGGCCGCUCAGCGUGGUCUACGUGCUGACCCGGGAGCCGCAGCCCGGGGUGGAGCCCGAGGCGGUAGUCGAGGCGGAGCCGCUGCCCCUACGCUGCCUGCGCGAGGCCUGCGCUCAGCUCCCCGGGUCGAGGCCGCGGCCGCAGCUGCAAAGCCUGCCCUUCGGCACGCUGGCGCUGGGAGACACGGCGGCGCUGGAUUCCUUCUACAACGCGGACGUGGUGGUGCUGGAGGUGAGCAGCUCCCUAGCGCAGCCUUCUCUGUUCUACCACCUCGGUGUGCGUGAGAGCUUCAGCAUGACCAACAACGUGCUCCUCUGCUCCCAGGCUGACCUCCCUGACCUGCAGGCCCUGAGGGAGGAUGUUUUCCAGAAGAACUCGGACUGUGUUGGCAGCUACACGCUGAUCCCCUACGUGGUGACAGCCACUGGCCGGGUGCUGUGUGGUGAUGCAGGCCUAUUGAGGGGCCUGGCUGAUGGGCUAGUACAGGCUGGGGUGGGCAGUGAGGCCCUGCUCACACCCCUGGUGGCCCGGCUUGCCCGUCUCCUGGAGGCCACGCCCACGGACUCUUGCGGCUAUUUCCGAGAGACCAUUCGGCAGGACAUCCGGCAGGCCCGGGAGCGGUUCAGCGGACAGCAGCUGCGGCAGGAGCUGGCUCGCCUGCAGCGGAGACUGGACAGCGUGGAGCUGCUGAGCCCCGACAUCAUCAUGAACCUGUUGCUUUCCUACCGCGACGUGCAGGACUACUCGGCCAUCAUUGAACUGGUGGAAACACUGCAGGCCUUGCCCACCUGUGAUGUGGCCGAACAGCACAACAUCUGCUUCCACUACACGUUUGCCCUCAACCGGAGGAACAGGCCUGGGGACCGGGAGAAGGCACUGGCUGUGCUGCUGCCACUGGUACAGUUUGAGGGCUCUGUGGCACCCGACCUAUACUGCAUGUGUGGCCGUGUCUACAAGGACAUGUUCAUCAGCUCUGGCUUCCAGGAUGCUGGGUACCGGGAGCAGGCCUAUCACUGGUAUCGCAAGGCUUUUGACGUCGAGCCCAGCCUCCACUCAGGCAUCAACGCAGCUGUGUUCCUCAUUGCUGCUGGGCAGCGCUUUGAGGACUCCGAGGAGCUCCAGCUCAUUGGCAUGAAGCUGGGCUGCCUGCUGGCCCGAAAAGGCUGUGUGGAGAAGAUGCAGUAUUACUGGGAUGUAGGCUUCUCCCUGGGAGCUCAGAUUCUCGCCAAUGACCCCAUCCAGGUGGCGCUGGCUGCAGAGCAGCUGUACAAGCUCAAUGCCCCUAUAUGGUACCUGGUGUCCGUGAUGGAAACCUUCCUGCUGUACCAGCACUUCAGACCCACGCCAGAGCCCCCUGGAGGAGCCCCACGUCGUGCCCACUUCUGGCUCCACUUCUUGCUACAGUCCUGCCAGCCACUCAAAACGGCCUGUCCCCAAGGGGACCAGUGCUUGGUGAGGCCCGUGGGGGUGUGGGACCUGGGAGAGAGGCAGGCACCUUCUGACGGCUCCCUCUCCCGUCAUCUGCAGGUGCUGGUCCUGGAGAUGAACAAGGUGCUGCUGCCUGCGAGGCUGGAGGUGCAGGGUACGGACCCAGUGAGCGCAGUGACCCUGAGCCUGCUGGAGCCCGAGACCCAGGACGUUCCCUCCAGCUGGACCUUCCCAAUCACCUCCAUCUGUGGGGUCAGCGCCUCCAAGCGGGACGAGCGCUGCUGCUUCCUCUACGUGCUUCCCCCAGCUCAGGACGUCCAGCUGUGCUUCCCCAGCGUAGGGCACUGCCAGUGGUUCUGCGGCCUGAUCCAGGCCUUGGUGACAAAUCUGGACUCCACGGCGCCCGCGGAGGCGGCGGAGGAUGUGGGGGAGGUGCUGGAGUUUGAUUAUGAGUACACGGAGACGGGCGAGCGGCUGGUGCUGGGCAGGGGCACGUACGGGGUGGUGUACGCGGGCCGCGAUCGGCACACGCGGGUACGCAUCGCCAUCAAGGAGAUCCCGGAGCGGGACAGCAGGUUCUCUCAGCCCCUGCAUGAAGAGAUCGCUCUGCACAAACGCCUGCGCCACAAGAACAUCGUGCGCUAUCUGGGCUCAGCCAGCCAAGGCGGCUACCUCAAGAUCUUCAUGGAGGAAGUGCCUGGAGGCAGCUUAUCCUCCUUGCUGCGGUCAGUUUGGGGACCUCUGCAGGACAAUGAGAGCACCAUCAGUUUCUACACCCGCCAGAUCCUGCAGGGACUCAGCUACCUGCAUGACAACCACAUUGUGCAUCGAGACAUCAAGGGGGACAAUGUGCUGAUCAACACCUACAGCGGGCUGCUCAAGAUUUCCGACUUCGGCACCUCCAAGCGGUUGGCAGGCAUCACACCCUGCACCGAGACUUUCACAGGAACCCUACAGUAUAUGGCCCCAGAAAUCAUUGACCAGGGCCCACGAGGGUAUGGGAAGGCGGCUGACAUCUGGUCAUUGGGCUGCACUGUAAUCGAGAUGGCCACAGGUCGCCCGCCCUUCCACGAGCUAGGGAGCCCGCAGGCUGCCAUGUUUCAGGUGGGCAUGUACAAGGUGCAUCCGCCAAUGCCCAGUUCUCUGUCAGCUGAGGCCCAAGCCUUUCUCCUCCGAACUUUUGAGCCAGAACCCCGCCUCCGAGCCAGUGCUCAGGCUCUGCUGGGGGACCCCUUCCUGCAGCCUGGGAAGAGGAGCCGCAGCCCUGGCUCCCCCCGACAUGCUCCACGGCCCUCAGAUAACCCUUCAGCCAGCCCUGCUCCUUCAGCUGACUCGACCACACAGUCCCAGACAUUCCCACGCCCUCAAGCACCCUCUCAGCACUCGCCCAGUCCCCCGAAGCGCUGCCUCAGUUAUGGAGACACCAGCCAGCUCCGGGUGCCUGAGGAGCCCGGGGCCGAGGAGCCCGCGUCCCCUGAGGAGAGUUCGGGGCUGAGCCUGCUGCACCAAGAGAGCAAGCGCCGGGCCAUGCUGGCCGCGGUGCUGGAGCAGGAGCUGCCCGCGCUGGCGGAGAAUCUGCGCCUGGAGCAGGAACAGGGUCCCCGUCUGGGCAGGAAUCAUGUGGAACAGCUACUGCGCUGCCUCAGGGCGCACAUCCACACUCCCAACCGCCGGCAGCUGACCCAGGAGCUGCGGGCGCUGCAAGGGCAGCUGCGGGCCCAGGGUCUUGGGCCUGCGCUUCUGCACGGACCGCUCUUCGCCUUCCCGGAUGCGGUGAAACAGAUCCUCCGCAGGCGCCAGAUUCGCCCACACUGGAUGUUCGUGCUGGACUCGCUGCUCAGCCGCGCUGUACGGGCAGCCCUGGCUGCGCUGGGCCCAGAGGCGGAGAAGGAGGCAGUCCCACCGAGAUCAGAAGAGUUGAGUAAAGAAGAGGAGUCCCAGCAGAAGCAGCAGGAGACCCCGGUCCAGCCGAACCGGCUUCCCGGGGAACCCGGGGAACCCGGGGAACCCGAGCAGGGUCCCCCGCCUCUGAUGGUGCAGCUGGGCCUCUUGCGAGCAGAGACUGAUAGGCUUCGAGAUGUCCUGGCUGAGAAGGAACGGGAGUGCCAGGCCCUGCUGCAACAAGCUCUACAGGGGGUGGAUGGGGAGGCCAGGACCUGUGCCUGGGCCUCAGAGCCCCCCGCUGCUCUCACAGUGGACCAGGGCCUCGUGCAGUGGCUACAGGAACUGAAUGUGGACUCAGGCACCAUCCAGACGCUGCUGAACCACAGCUUCACGUUCCAUGCCCUGCUGACCUGUGCCACUAGAGAUGACCUCGUCUACACCCGUAUCAGGGGAGGGAUGGUAUGCCGCAUCUGGAAAGCCAUCUUGGCACAGCGAGCAGGGUCCACACCAGUGACCCUGGGACCCCAGGAGGCUGAAUGAGGGCAUCAGAGGCAGGAGGCCAGACCCAAGGAUGGAUGAAUGGAGGAGACACAAGCAGCUUCUGACACACCUGCCCUGGGACCCAGGGGCAACUGGAGGAGGCCAGGUGGGUGGGGGGCAGGGUAGGGCCUGGGCCUAGCCCCAGUGGGGGGAAUCAACCACAGAGACACCCCAAGCUCAUUGAGUACCACCAGGCAAAGACUAUUAAACAGAACACUUUUGUACCCUUGGACCUUGGCAACUUCUGAGGUAUGGGGGGGUCCUGGGACCAGCUCCCUAAGGUCUAAAGUUCCUUCACCUGGCCCCCUUCACAUCCCUGGCUCUUUCCUACCAUCACCCUCCCACCUUCCAAGCAGACAUCAGCCCCUUAUUGCCCUUGGAUAGACUUUAUUGACUUUAGCCAAUGGCAGGCCCUGAGAUGGUGGUC